AAACAAUCCUCUGUGCGUCUCGGAGCUUCAUGCUUCCGGCUUUACAUUUUCACAUGGGCCAAUCGGAUUGUCGUGCCAUCUAAACCGCAGCACUGCAUCAUUGCCUUGAAUGCACUAGAACUAACUCUCGCUUCUUUCCACGCAGGCGCAGUAACUCCCAGCGGGCGUGGACCCAGGGCACAAAUCCGAUUACCCAGAGAUCCUCCUACGCGCAGCAAAACGGAAAUAUGUCUCAGAAACAAUCGCCGUCCCCCAGACCGACUCCAAAGGAAUCGAACACGCCCGACAACCAUGCACAUGACCGCCUCGUUUUCUUGGUUACCAGCUUCAUUGGCCUGACCGCGACGAUCACCACGAAGAACGGAGAUAAAUUCUCGGGAAUCUUUUCAUCCUCAUCUCUUGAACCGACUGAAUCUUCCUUUGCCCUCAAGAUGGUGCAGCGGCAACAAAAGCAAGAGCAACAACGAGCAAACGGAGUGAGUGAAACGGCAAGCCCGUACAUGGGAACAGCACCCGAUCACACGGUGUCGUUUGACAUUCGAGAUGUGGUAGACAUCUCGGUUGCCAAUGUCUCCACCGCCGAAGUCAUUGCGAAGCCCUCCAAUGGGGCCUCGAGCGGAUUUCGAACCGAUGCCGAUAUCUCCGGAAACCUUGCCAUGCGCGAGCGGACUCUGAAACGAUGGGAACCCGCCGCAGACACGGACGUCGACUUGUCGCUGGAAGGCACAUCGGCGUCGGCGGGCUGGGAUCAAUUCGAAGCCAACGCCCGACUCUUUGGUGCCACCAGUAGUUACGAUGAGAACAUCUAUACCACUCGGAUUGAUCGAUCCGACCCGACCUAUAGGCAGAAAGAGCAAGCUGCCGCUCGUAUUGCUCGCGAGAUUGAGGGCGCAGACACGGAUAAUGCUCACAUGCGGGAGGAACGAGGGCUGACCACGGCCGAGGGCGGUGAUGAGGAAGACAAGUAUAGCGGCGUUCGUCGUGAUGAAAAGAACUUCCCCCCUUUGGUGUCGGGACAGCCAAACAAGUAUACUCCGCCUGCCCGCCGGCAAGCUGCGGCGCAAUCUGCGGCCGCCAGCGGGCCCCCAGCCGCCGCGCCGCCCAAGGAACCUGCUAAACCGCAGGCGCAGCCCGCCGCCCCAGCUGCUCCAACGAGUGCUGCCACCGACGCAGAACAGAAACCGGCUCCCGGCAAGUCUUCGCCGGCUGCCAGCGCUGCUCCGAAGCGUGCCGCCGCUGAGAAUGCUUCUGCGAACGUGGAAACGGAAGUGCUGGACCAUUUCCGUCAGUUUGCCAACACGGAGAAAAUGAAGAUGCAGGAACGCCGCCGGAACCAAGCUUCGCAUGACCGGAAUAUCAAACUGAACGAGUUGAUGAAAUUCUCGCAGAACUUCAAGCUUGGCACGCCGGUCCCCAAGGAUUUGAUCCCGAUUCUUGCCAAGGACCCUCAGAAGCAGGAACAGAUCGUCCAGCGGGCUCAGCAGCAGCAUGUGAGCGAUAAGCCCGCAUCCAAAUCCCCUCCCGCGACCGCCAGCACCGAGCAGAAGCCCGCCGGUCGUGGUUCAGGUCCCGCCCGCUACGACAGUGGAACGGCGCCCGCCGCGUCGAACGAUCGACCGGCCUACCCUCGCGGCCGUCAGAUGUAUCCCCCGGCCGGUCCGCACGCCGGUCCCGGUGGACGCCUGCCACAUCAAGCCAUGCAACAGGGCCGCCAGGCGACUGGCAUGCUGGGCCACCGCCUUGCCGACAACCUCCAGCAGCGAAAGGGGGCUGCCAUGGGACCGGUGCCGGCGCCUCUGCCCAUCAACGAUGCCCGUUUACCCCCGACUGGGCCGGCCGCCGACCAACCCAGCGUCACCAGCCCGAACAAGACGCAGACCCCGACCUCCGCCGCGUCGACCAAGUUCAAUGUCCGGGCCUUGGAGUUCAAGCCCAACCCCGCCGCCAGCACAUUCACGCCCGGUGCCUCGUCGAACUCUUCGCCGUUUGUUCCCGGUCGUUCCAUGUCCCGCGCCACCAGCCCGUCGGCCUUCUUUGGCGGGAAGAAGCUACGGCCUCUCGCUGAGCGUCCGUCUCUCAAGGACCAUUUCAACCCCAUCAAACGGAUGAGGAAAGAAAGCACCGAGCAGGCGGACAAGGACUAUGCCUUUAAUGGUGGAAUUCCCCCGGCCUACAAAACCCUCCCCACAUGGGACGUCGCCCCCGGGAACGCAGAAAAGAAGCAUGAUCAGAUGUUCAAAGCGCCCGUCGUCUCCCCGCAGAACCGCUCGGCAUCGAACCCUCAGGUUCCUCAGCAGCCACAGAUGCCGUUCCAAUUCCCGCAGUCGACGCCGGGUAUGCCCCCUACCUCGGGCCCACCUCACGGUCCUCAUUUGCAUCCGCAGCAGCAUCACGGAUCUGGCCCGCCUCAUUUUGAUGACCCUCACCGGAUGCAGAUGUCUGCGUCGACCUCGCAAAUCUUCCCCUCCCCCCGCCUUCAGCCCGGCUAUCCGUCUCCCAUGGCGCCGCAUGCCCAGCUUGCAUUCGGUCAGCCAGUGCCGCAAUUCUACCAAACUCCCCCGCAGCCGGCUCCCGUCAGACACUAUCCCGGGACUCCUCAGUUUAUGAACCCGCAAGCCGCUAUGGGUGGUGCCCCUAUGAUGGUCCAGCAACCCUCCAGUGGACCCUACAUGGGUGUCCCGCAAGGCAUGGCGCCUUACACGCCCCAAAUGCAAAUGUAUUCUCCUAACCCGAGCCACGCAUACCCGCAACAUGCCCCCCCUCAGCCGCACAGCGGCUAUCCGAGCCCGAGUCGGGGCGCUCCUAUGAUGAUGCAUCAGAAUUCGCAACCUGGCCAGCCUCCGCAGCCGGUCAUGUUUAUGUCUCCCGGUCAACAUGGACAGCCGGUGUAUCCCGGCCAGCAGCCCGGACACAUGCCGCCGGUUCGAGGAAAUUAUCCUCAACAGCAACAGCAACAGCCCCAUUUCCAAUCUAGCCCUCACCAAGCGCAUCAUUACCCGCCUCAUCAGCAUCGCACUCCCAGCAAUGGCUAUAAUCAAAUCCCUCAGAUUCCACCUCAGGCUGCCUCCCAAGCCCCACCCUCCGUUGCCUCUGGUCCACCGGCUCCGGAGGCUGCCGAUGAGGCGAAAUGAAAACCACAUCCCGGGCCUCCAUAGUGCGCCAGACGCUCCCGUUCAUCGGCCUCGACAUCAAACGGGCCACGGCCAUCGCAACCGAAAUGAAUUUUGUCUUGGAAGCACUGUGAAGCAAUGGGCCCCCUAUGCUCUGUUCCUCAGCGGCAGCAACUCCAGUCUCACUUUCGCUUCCCAAUGCACGUAUCUGUUUUUGGGAGGACUUUAUGUAUUGGAUGU